AUGAUAAACCCGGACCGAUACCAAGCCGUCAAGCUCUACCGAGAAGAUGACACUGGCGCCGUGGAUGUUCAAAAAGUCGCCUACUCCAUCAUCAUUCAAAAUUGCCUGGACAUUAUUCUAUCACUCGUUCUGUUCUACGGCGUAAAGAAUGAUCGCUCAACGCUGGUCCUGCUCUGGCUCUACUGGCAAUUCAUCAAUACGCUCUUCACUUCUGUCAUUGCUUCUAUGCAAGUGAUCGCUGCAGUUUUCGCUUCCUCAACCUACGCACUAGUUGGUGUCAUGGCCUCAUGGACGACAGUAUUUCUGAUGAUAUACUGCAUGAAGUGCGUGGGCGCCUAUUACUAUGAGCUCACGCUAUCCGAAUGCGACGGAGGCAACGCGGAAACGACCGCGAGUCUCAUGGAGGACGCGUGGAAGAAUCAACAGCAGCAGCUUAGCCCUCACCUGGCGCAUGCCUCCAAUGCAUGCUCCGCGCUCGCGCAACGUAUGCAUUGCGUCGUGCCCACCGAGGACCAGCCCUCUUGCUCGAGGAUGGCGUCCGCCUGCAAUUGCACUUGCGCGGCGGCUGCGCUCGCGAUGACUCCGCCGCCACAUGCGCCCAGUCGGACGUCGAUUUCAGUGCAAACAGAAAUCGACGAUGAUCAGAUCGCCGUCGCCAACGUCUGA